UUGCAAUCAAUAAUAAUAAUAGUGAUUAUAAUCAAACAAUUGACUUAUCGGAUAGUUUUAUCUAUAUAUGCGGCGGAUAUGAUGGAUCAGCCUAUUUGUCUCAAUGUUAUAAAUAUAACAAACAAACAGGUAUUUGGGAAACCAUACAAUCCAUGUCCACUACAAGAGCUUUAUUUAGUUUGAUUUCAUUGGAUUCAAAAUUGUAUGCAAUCGGCGGCUAUAAUGACAAAUAUCAAUAUUUGAAUAUUGUUGAAAAAUAUGAUAUGGAAACAAAUCAAUGGAAAUCAAUAGCACCUAUGAAUAUAAUACGCAGUCAGCAUGGUGCAAGUGUUAUACAAAAUACUAUAUAUGUAUGCGGUGGUUACAAUAACAAAACUAUCAAAUCAUGUGAAUCUUAUUCACCAAAUACUAAUGAGUGGUCUUUUGUAACACCAAUGAGUACUGAAAGGCGUGGUCUGGCACUGGUAGCACACAAUGGGUUUAUAUAUACUAUCGGAGGCCAUAAUAGUAAUGGAUAUUUAAAUACAAUGGAAAGAUAUGAUACAAAAACACAACAAUGGCAACCAAUGGCUAAUAUGAAAUACGCUAGAUUAAAUUUUGGUUCAGCAUCAUUUAUGGAUAAAAUAUAUGUUUGCGGCGGUUAUGGUAAUAGUGACAAGAAAUCAUGUGAAACAUAUGAUCCAAAAACAAAUCAAUGGACACAAAUUGCAUCCAUGCAAUUAGAUAGAGUUGAAUUUAAUUUGAUUGUAUUUAAUGACAAAUUAUAUGCAUUGGGAGGCUAUUCAAAGGAUUUUAAACAAACAGAAUCGGUUGAAAUAUAUGAUCAUAAAUCAAAUGAAUGGUAUUAUACGACAUCAUUGCCAAUAAAAUUAUCAGCAUUUGGACAAUCAAUUGACUUAUCCGAUGAUAGUUUUAUCUAUAUAUGCGGUGGAAGUGAUGGUUCAACCUAUUUGUCUCAAUGUUAUAAAUAUAACAAACAAACCGGUAUUUGGGAAACCAUACAAUACAUGUCCACUGAAAGGAUUUCAUUUACUUUGAUUUCAAUGGAUUCAAAAAUGUAUGCAAUCGGCGGCUAUAAUGAUAAUGAUUUAAAUAGUGUUGAAACAUAUGAUCAACAAACAAAUCAAUGGAAAUCAAUUCAAUCAAUGAAUAUAAUACGACGUCAGCAUGGUGCAAGUGUAAUACAAAAUUCUAUAUAUGUAUGCGGUGGUUACAAUAACAAAUAUAUCAAAUCAUGUGAAGCUUAUUCACCAAAUACUGAUGAGUGGUCUUUUGUAACACCAAUGACUACGGAAAGGCGUGGUCUGGCACUGGUAGCCAACAAUGGGUUUAUAUAUGCUAUCGGAGGCUAUAAUGGAUUUGAAUAUUUAAAUACAAUGGAAAGAUUGGAUACAACUACACAUCAAUGGCAACCAAUGGCUAAUAUGAAAUACACUAGGUAG